UGCAAGUUUGAGUAAGGAAACAACUUCUUCUCCAGAACCAUGGCAUAUCAGUUGUACAGAAGUACUACUUUGGGAAACAGUCUUCAGGAGAGCCUUGAUGAGCUCAUACAGUCUCAGCACAUCACCCCGCAACUUGCCCUCCGAGUCCUACUCCAGUUUGAUAAGGCUUUAAAUUCAGCACUGGCUCAGAGGGUCAGGAACCACGUCACCUUCAGGGGCUCUCUAAAUACAUACAGAUUUUGCGACAGUGUGUGGACUUUUGUAUUGAAUGAUGUUGAAUUCAGCAAGGUGACAGAACUUAUUAAAGUGGGUAAAGUGAAAAUUGUAGCCUAUGAUGGUAAAAAUACUGGGACCGAUACUACAGAAUGAAUAGAAAAUACAGUGGCUUUUUUAUGCCAUCCUCGUUAUCCAUCACUAUUUGGAGAGAAGCACAGAAGAGACUUUUUUAAAAAAUAUAUUCUAGCAUUACAGAAAUCACUACACUGUGCUACACUAUCAGAAUCCCAUUAGAAAGACGCCUGUACUUCUGUAACAUCUCAUAAU